AUGUCGUGGCAAGAGAUGAAUGGACAUCUAAAAGACUUUGGCUACAAAGAACCUAAAAGAAUGCGGUAUUUAUUUCCUGAAAGUAGUUUAGAUGAUGGUUUGGUUGACAUGAACAUUGAUCCUGAGGUGAUGUCAAUGGUUGAGACGAUGGAAGAUAGUGAUGAUGAGGGUGAUGGGGACUUUGAUGUUGAGAGUGAUGGUAUAACGGAUGACACUGAUGAUGAUGGUGUCGAAGCAAGAGUAGUAGAGGAUGGCGAUGAGGAUGAUACUGAUGAUGUCUGGGAAGCAGAGGAUGGUGAUGAGGAUGAGACUGAGAGGGAUGACUCUGAUACAAGUGGGUAUGAAGGUGUUAGUGAUGGAGAAAAUAAUGAGCUUACACAAGUUAGAGAGAAGAGGCAAGCGUUUAAGAUGCAAACUGAGCAAGGGAAUAAGAGACAUAGAAGGAGGUCGACCAAGGAACAAGCAAGGCAAUCCAAUGAUGUAGAUAUACCUUAG